GUUCGGAAAAACAAACUGGGCGUGGCUGUGAAGCAAAAGAGUGAUGGGCGGAGUAGAGCAGAGCAAACGCUGUCGGAGCUCUAUGCCAUGAGCAGCGUCGUUGAGCUACGAUGUGCCGAUGGGACGACGUUGAUGACGACCAAGGAGACUCUGGCCCGCGUGCCCUACUCCAAGCUGAGCACAGAUAACAAAGCUACGUCCAACUCCGAUGCGAAAAUCAUCGCUAUUAUGUUGGACGCGCUUCGUCGCGCAGACCAGAGACUAAUUGUGCCCGACGACUUUGACGACUGGGGACGACUGGCGGCGGAAGCGAGACGUUUGGGACUGUUUCAAAUUGCCGAGUACGCAUCGCCUUGUACAAUCUGCAUCGCCUGCCAUGUGGCUUUGUCGGCUGGCCGACUAAAUCCUGAGGUGACGUUUCGGAAGUUGUCACGAAUUGUUGUCUGUGGCAAAGUCAGCGUUUGUCGUGCUGUAUUUGGGUCGAGUCUUAACGAGGCUCGUGACGGUGGUGGAACCGACUUCGAACAGGAACGAUACACUUCCAGGUUCUUCUUAAAACACAGCAACCUGGAACGUGCAUUCGAUGCCUUAGCUUCAUCAGGAUUCACUCUACGUCACUGCAACACAUUUGCACCGUCGAUGCAAAAACAAAAUUCAGUCACGGACUCGCAAUUCUUGCAUCAUUCACAAUACGUGUUCAUCCGUGAGCCAAAGAUAAUCUGUGCCGUACCUUCUCAAGCCGGUCAGUGAGGAUGAUUUUGAUGCCAUUCUUGUCCAGAUUACGCUUUUCCAAUUCCUGCUUCAAUUCCGUCACACGCAAUUCGCUCAAGAGUUUUUGUUCACCAACAACACUAUCUGUCAUCUGUAAUAGUGAACACUUAUUUCGUAAUGAAGUAUUUGCAAUUCAUUAUUGGACGGAGG